AUCAUGAAGCGAUGCCUGUCUAUGUGAGCAACAAGUUCAUGCUUACAUCACGAACAUGGUGGCUUGAGCCAAAACCAUGCUGGCACAUCAUGAUAAGGAUCUUCUGCGAGAUACUGGGCUCACGGGCGAUGAUCGUUCGGACGAUUUUGAUCGCAUGCAUGCACUACGUGUCUUCUACCGCUGCUCAUGGAGACGGUCCACGUAAUCAGGGCGCCUCAAACCGGAACAAAGGGGGCAGUUGCACGACGCUCCUUAAAUCUCAGUGUUGACCGCAACUAUGUUAUCAAAGCGCUUAAGUCUUUUAUUCUAUCUCACGCGGAUGGACAUGUGGCGGAGAUCUGGAUCAGCGGCUUCGGCAAGAUCAAAGAGACGAACGCCACGCCUUGCAGCGGCCGUGUCGGUGUUCGUGCCUUGUCUUUAGAAUUGGCGCUAGGUUCAAACUCGCUGUAUUGCGUACGCAGUAUUCACCCGAGGAACUGCAAGUACAGCUAUGGGCAAGAAAAGAGAAUGGAUCGCACCGGCUGCGUAUUCGCCGACUGGCACCAUCUUCUCCCGUUGCGGGUUAAUUUGCUACAGCAGUACUGCAACCUUACUUGGACGGCGCAGCAGAGUCACAGUCUAUGCCUCCGCCCUGAUGGGAGCUGGUGAGUCGUCAGCUCAUUUCGAGUCCUGCCGCACAACGGACAUUAUUUAGGCUUCAAUCUACCAUGCCCAGGAUGUGUGCAUGUUCACUUGGUACUUGUCGGUUCCGAUACAUAGUACGAGGCUAAUGAAGAUGCAGACCAACGCACCAUAAAGAUAC